CCUGAACUGCGUGCACCCGCCAUGGGCAGGCUUUCCAUCGAACAUGACCCGCUCGCGUGCAUGACCGCCCCUCCCGCGAAUGAGACAUGGGAGCAGAAGCUGGCUCGGGAAAGGCGCGAGGCAGAGGCAAAGCGAAUAUCGGACGAGAUAGACCAGAAGCUCAAAAGCGAGCGUGCGGCGUUGAAGAGGAACAAGAAACCGGUCAAGGUGCUUCUGCUCGGGCAAGCAGAGAGUGGCAAGUCCACGACGUUGAAGAAUUUUCAACUUGCCUAUGCUCGGGAAGCUUGGCAGCAAGAACGGACGUCCUGGCGAGCCGUAAUUCAACUCAAUCUUAUCCGAUCGAUACGCACCAUCCUCGACGCCGUCGUCCAGGAAAUGGCAGGCAAUCCCCCGUCGUACGACUCGGACGACGAGAACCCAGUCAGCCCGACUUCGCGUCCGCCCCUGCAGUUCUCGGAAAAGCACCGUCUGCUGAAAUUCCGGCUACUGCCUCUCCGGAGGGUAGAAGCUGACCUGAAGCGGCGGUUGGGCGCGGCUAGUGAGGAAAUCUCUGCGUCUGUGUCUGUCCACGGCUCGUCUACGCCUGAGCCAGGUGUGGAUGUCCCACCUGACUUCGCUGUGCGCUCAUGGAAAGAUGCCUUUCAAAAACCUUCCAUGUCUCCGAAGCCGUCCAGCGUUGGUCAUGGCCAGGUAGAUUCCGAUGAUGCCACAGACGUUAUCGCGGAAUGCAGGGAAGACAUCAAGGCCCUGUGGGAGGAUCCCGUCGUGAGGCAGGUCCUCAAAAGGCGGAACGUCUCGAUCGAAGAAUCCUCCGGCUUCUUCUUGAAUGACAUUGACCGCAUCGCUGUUCAUUCGUACAUGCCCACGGACGGGGAUGUCAUGCGGGCGCGGCUUCGCACCGUAGGCGUCCAGGAGCAUCGGAUAACCUUCGAGGAGGGGCCCGAUAUCGGCCAUGAAUGGGUGAUCUACGACGUGGGCGGGUGUCGUACGUCGCGGGCAGCCUGGGUGCCGUACUUUGAGGACGUGAACGCGAUCAUCUUCCUCGCGCCGGUGUCCGGCUUCGACGAGCGCCUGGCGGAGGACCCGAGCGUCAACCGGCUCGAAGAUACGUUCCUGCUCUGGAAGUCGAUCGCGUCCUCGCCGCUCCUGGCGGGCACCGCGAUCAUCCUAUUUAUGAAUAAAUGUGACAUUCUCGAGCAGAAGGUCAAGCGCGGCGUCGUGGUCAGGAAGUACAUGCCCAGCUACGGCGACCGGGAGAAUAGCACCACGCAUGUCUUGAAAUAUCUUCGUGGUAAAUUCAAGGAGAUGCUCAAGCAAUACUCGCCACGCCCACGGCCCUUCUAUGCGUAUGCUACUUCCGUCGUCGAUACGAAGGCCACUGCCGUUACUCUUACCUCCGUUAGGGAUGCGAUCCUGCGUGAUCAUCUGAAGCAGGCCGACUUUGUCUUCUGAUCUCGUCGACGCCGUCAUCCAGUCGCAAAAUUAUCUCUAGAGUGCUCUAAUCUACCUUAUACACGCACGUAGUGUUGUUGUUGUGGUUGUAUAGUGUAUACAGACGCACUGCUCCGGCGUCCGUGCCGCGCACCGACCGAGCAAUCAGUAAUAAAAGC